UUGACGACGGGGAGAAGAAGAAGAAUGCCGGCCGUGACAGCGCGGUGGACACCGGCAACAGUAAUAAUAAUACACAGACCGAAGAGAGGUGUACUCACACCGCUGCCACCAGGCGACGUCCUGUCACGGCACACUACGCAGUUGUGGAGGGCGCACACCGUUUUCAGACCCUCUAUACACUCAUUAUGAGCCUUCGUGAGGGACAGGGUCUCGUUGUGCAUUUUGCCACCAAGGAGGCCUGCCAAUUUAUGUAUAACGUUCUUUAUGCAUUAGGGGAACUGCCGAAAUCGCUGCUGUUGUUGACGGACUAUGAAGGACCCAGCACGUAUGCCUCUGUGCAGGACAAGGAUGAGGACCGAGAGCGUCUGUGUGCUCAAUUUGACAAGAUUAUGUUGGAUGCCGCGCGAAAAGAUUUUUCCACCAAACGCGAAAAGAACCGUGUGGUGGUUCUUUCUGCUUUCGGCCUUGUACCGCAGACGGGCACCAUUUUUGUUCAAUACGACAUCAUGGUUGACGUUGUGAACUUUGCCCAGUUUGUCAGCGACGUUUUGACGCCCGCCGCUUACAAUAUUGCGGCUGCGGAACCAACGAAGCGGCGUCGCUCACGCACGCCGCCGCCACGCGGAGAUCGAAAAGAGUCUCAAGAAGGGGAUGUUGCGGCCGCUUCAAAGGCGACUCCCCCCAGCAAAGCGAUGUACCAUACGGUUUUGGUAUUUUUACGCCGAAAUGAACUGCAGCCCGCCUUGGUUUACCUUCGGCGCCCCGCAAAGCGACUAAAUAUCACCUUUGAGCAGCUACCGCAGCUUCCAUCCGCCACACGUUUUCUGUUGUCGCUGCAGAAGAUGCGCUCACUGAACAAGAAGCAAUUUUCCGUGCAAAACGCCGCAUACGCUGCGUACCGUGCGACCAUGUUGCUUUAUUCCCUCAUAGGCCCCUCGGAUGUCUACAAUGAGCGGUCUGUUGACCUUGCGAAGGUCGCCGAGGAGUUUGGCUACACGGAGGUUCCCAUUCUUGACCUCCGCACCCGCGACACGCCCUUCCGGCCGAAGGAAGACAUUUUCCGUGCGGCCGCAGAGCGUGCGGUGGUGGAGCGUCGCAAAAUGCGGGCGUACGUGAAUGAACACAUCGUGGGCGAGGCCCCAGAGGAGCACGUCGCCGACAACAUGGCAGAGGCAGAGGAGUAA